AUGACGUCUUUCUCCCAGCUAAAAGCUCAGAAGCAGAAACGAAUCUCCGCCGUCGUUCACUCCUCCCCUUCAUUCUCCUCUUCGCCCAAGACCCUUUCUCCAGAGCCUCCAGUCAAUUCCCUCCCCGCGGACGGGGAGUCUUUGCCAGCUACCUUCAAGUCUCUCGAAAUUUUCAAUCCUUUUAUCGAUCGAUGGGCUCUAGGAAAGUCUUCUACGUCUGAAUCUUCUCACCUAAAGCCCCUAGACUUCAAAACUCCUACACUCUUACCUGAUCUUCCCAGAGCUCCUUCACCUCCCUCUUCUCCGAUCUCGUCGGGCUCGAGAAGGUCAAGAUCACCUUCCUGUUCACCUCCACUGGGAUAUUUGGAUGUCGUCGAAACAGCCCCUGGUCCUUCUAAGAGCAGGGAGACAAAUGAUCUUGUCCAUGUCAACACAGUGCUUGAAAUGGACAAGGAAGGCGUGGAGGUGAAAAUCAUGAAUGGUAGAAGGGGUCUAUUUGCCAAGCGGAGGUUCGCGCAAGGCUCUGUUGUCCUUACUCGCCCACCAUUUGUGUCGGUUUUGUCCACGCCUCAACUACCUGAGCGUUGCUCGUAUUGCUUGCUUUCUCCCCUCGAACUUUCCAUAUCACGGCGAUCACUAGAUCCUAGUCCGCUAGAGAGAUGUGAAGUAUGUGAAACCGUUGCUUAUUGCAGCAGUUCUUGUGCAACCAAGGACAGGUCAUUGCAUGAUUAUGAAUGUCGAGCUUUGAGGAUGUCAAAGCAGGUAGCUGAUGCUGCUUCGGUACCACCAGAGCACAUUAGAGCUUUAGCUAGAUUGGCAUGGUCAUUUCACACGGAGCGUUCUGGAACGAGUGACAAACAUAGUAGAAUCAACGCUAUGAAGGUACUAGAGGACCAUCUGAAGACCACGUUCCAGGGCGAUAAAGAGUUGGAGAAACAGAUCGAAGAGCAUAGAGCGCAAUGUUUGAGAAUAUCGAAAGCAGUCAUGAUGUUCAUUGCUAUGGGGUUACCCAAUUUUGAUCCACAAAACCCAUCACUGGAUCUCACUUCGAUCUUCAACAAAUCAACGGGCUCUAUCCUACAAGUUAUAUCCUCCUUCAUGAUCAACACGUUCUCCGCCUCAUCCCCAUCCUUAGACUUGGUUGGUGCAGCCUUGAACCCAGCUAUGGCAAUGAGCAACCAUUCUUGCUCUCCCAAUGCUGUCGUCGUAUUCCCUGAAGGAGCGGAUAGUAUGCGUAUAGUGGCUAUCAAAGCCAUUGAAGCAGGUGAAGAAGUGUUGACCCAUUACGUCGACUUAGCUCUACCAUAUGCACAAAGACAAGCCGAAUUGAGACGAACGUAUCACUUCGAAUGUAAAUGUCCUACUUGUGACAAUCGGACGAAGGACGGGGACAAACCAGUUCUUGACCCACGAUCAAUCCUGAUACACAGGGAAUGCAAGUCAGUACCUCCUGGCGGAGCUAAAUUAGACCUGUUCCAAACCAACUGGCGUCACAUUUCCAAUCUGGUCCGUGAGGGGCAGGCUAUGCUCGACGAGGACGAUCGACAAGGACUAGAUACCUCGGUCACUCCCCUGCUCACAGAAGAACUCAUACCGGGAUUAUCAGGAAUCAUCCCUCAUUCCUCUUGGCCACUCCUCCCGCUUCUCAGAAUAGCCGCUCGGACGACUGUCAAACUCACUCCGCAAGACGUGGAGAAAGCCGUGGGAUAUUAUGAGACGUACUGCCAAGGUGCCCGUCAAGUCUACCCUGCAGAUCAUCCCGUUCUCGCCGUAGUCGCAGCAGAAGCAGCCAAGACUCUUGCCCUGACAGUCGCCUGGGAUAUAUCCCGAAACUCCUUGACGAGGUGCGUAGAAGCAUUUAGCACUGCGGCAAAAGCAUGCGGGAUAGCCUUUGGCCCCGGGGGAGGGAUAGUAGGAGCUGAGAUGCUAUGGGAAGCUAAUCGACAUCACCAAGAAUAUGCGAGGCGAUUCGAGGAUGCAUAA